AUGUACAUACACACACAGUAACAUGUACACGCAUACACACACACAUACAGACACAUGUACACACACACAUACAUGUACAUACACACAGACACAUGUACAUGCAUACACAGACACACACAUACCCCCCCCCCCCCCCCCAUAAAAAGUUGCAUUACUUCUUUGUUCACUCACAGAGCCGGGUACUGCACUCUAGGGGGAGGCAGAGAGCACAGCACACACUCCUUGCUUUGCUUUCACUGCGCAGUCUGACGGCUCCCAGUGCCAAUGACAGAUCCAGACUGAGCUCCGAGCCUGCUCAGCAUGACGGCCCUGGGGGACACACUCGCCCCCACCAUAAUUUCCACUCGCCAUUGGCAAGCAGGCGAGUGGAAAUUUCAAGCCCUGUUUUA